AUGUUCUCCUCUGGACUUCUCGCUCUUGCUAUCGGUGUCGCCACCGUCUUCGCAGGCCCCACCGGAAGCGCGUCUCAGAUCGUGGCUGCUGAAUUGGACUUCAAGGCCAACGAGGUUCCCGUUGGCGGCCUCGCCGCUCUUGGCAUCUCAGCAAGCAGCUCCAGGAUCAACGUGCAUUGGCAUGUCAUCCAGCGAAGCAGCAGUAUCUCCGGUGGCAACGUCCCCGACUCCAAAAUUGAGGACUCGAUUUCCGUCAUGAACGAUGAUUUCGCGUCCACCGGCCUUUCCUUCAACUUGGUCAACAUCACGCACACGACUAAUUCAGACUGGUUUGGCAAAGCCGCCCCUGGAACGUCUCAACAAACCAAGAUGAAGACUACCCUCAGAGCAGGUGCCGCAUCGGAUUUGAAUAUCUACUCCGUUGGCUUCACCUCUGGCAGCGGCUCGGGCCUUCUUGGUUAUGCGACAUUCCCAUCUGACUAUAGGCGUUCCCCCAAGGAUGACGGUGUUGUCAUUCUGUACUCGUCAGUUCCUGGUGGCACCACAGAGAACUACAACGAAGGACGAACCUUGACCCACGAAGUUGGUCAUUGGACUGGUCUCUACCACACCUUCCAGGGUGGCUGCAGUGGCUCGGGCGACAGUGUUGCUGAUACUCCCCCCGAGGCGUCUCCUGCUAACGGGUGCCCUGUCGGUCGCGACACCUGCAGCGGUGGAGGAGUUGACCCCAUUCGAAACUUCAUGGACUACACCUACGACAGCUGCAUGGAAGAAUUCACCCCAGGUCAGGCUGUUCGCCUCCAGUCCCAGAUGAGAACCUACCGUAGCGUUUCGUUCGAGAGGGAAGGCGCUCAAAUCUAA